AUGCUUUACCUUCAUGUCAUCCAAUACUUUGGUUUUAUUGGUUCUCAAUUAGCCAACUCUCUACUCAUUUAUCUAAUCCUUACAAAAGCUAGAAAGCUAUUCGGAAUGUAUCGGUUUGUAAUGUUGGGCUUUGCAUUUUUCUUCUUGUUCUAUUCAUGGAUCGAAAUUCUCACUCAACCGGUUAUCCAUAUAAAGAGUCCAGUUUGUAUAGUAUUUAUGGAUAGUUCGUUGAAAUAUUUCAAGUCAGUUGGGUUCAUAAUUACAUGUUUGUACUGUGCGUGUUUUGCUCUUGUCAUCUCACUUUUGUCGGCUCAGUUCUUCUACAGAUUUCUGGCGGUUUGUAAACCCCAUAUUCUCUCCCAUGGCGAAGAACGUCUUCUAUUCUACCUCUGCGUUCCUUGUUUUUUGUGUUUUGUCGCUUGGUUUGAAUUCGUUUAUUGGGGAAUGGCCAACACUGUCGAGAAGCAAUUGUACAUGAAAUCGGAACUUGCUGAAAUCUAUAAUGAAGACUCUGAAAGUGUAGCAUUUAUUGCGGUUAUGUACUGGUCGGUUGGUCCGGAUGGCCAGAAGAAAUGGAAGAUUAACGAUAUAGGUCUAUUGCUGGCUUGUGUUGUCACUAUAGGUGGUUGUUUUAUGACUAUCGUUUAUUGUGCCACUAGGAUUUACAAGAAGAUGAAAGACUCCAGUGGUCAUAUGAGUGGACGAACAAUGGAGCUUAAUCGGCAGUUGUUUAUCACACUAACUAUUCAAACAAUUCUCCCUUUGUUCAUGAUGUAUAUCCCAGUUGGUCUCGCAACUUCCCUGCCCAUUUUUGAAAUUCAUACCGGUCGAAUUGCCAAUUUCACGGCUGCUAGCCUAGCGGUGUACCCAUUUCUUGAGCCCAUUGUUCCCAUGUUAUGCAUCAAAGAAUUCAAAAACUUUAUACUGUGUCGCCAAAAACGAAAAGUGGCAUCUCGAACUACAUUCUCAAGUCCAGUCUCAGGAAUUCACUCUUCCAGUACUAACGCAAUUCUUUGA